GCGUCUUCAACAAGCUGAAGCACUAUCACUUUCUCUUCUUUCGGUUCUUGCCCUUCAUCCUGAAUGCAUCUCACGCGAAGCGCGAGCAGGAGCGGGUGCGGGAGAUUGAGGGCGUGAACCAUGAUAAUGGCAUCGGUUUGCUCUCGCAAAUAGCAGAGGUGCCGGAGCUCGGACUUUGGAGCAAAGAGCUGCAACCUCCGCCGAGCGAUUUUCCAGCAAGCCACACAGUGACGGGUUGCAUUUUCACUCCGAAGUUGGAGGACUGGAAGCCUUCCGAAGCCCUUGACGCUUUCAUGCAGAGGAGGGACGCCCAAGGCCGCAAGCCGGCUGUGAUCACCUUCGGAUCUAUGAUGUCGAUGGGCAUCGAGAAGGUACAGGACAGUACCCUACAAGCUCUUCAGAAGAUGGGCAUGAACGUUGUGAAUUUCGUCUCGAAAGCGCCGAAGAAGAAGGACAACAGCGAAUUUACUUUUACUGUCUCCUCUGCUGGCGAAGAAGCAGGAGCUGGUGUCUUUGAGCUCGACUAUGCCCCUUUCGACUGGCUGCUGCCUUUGGCCAGUGUGGUGAUCUGCCACGGCGGCGCAGGAACGACCUUCCGUUCCCUUUGGGCGGGCGUGCCCGUCGUCGUGUGCCCAGUGAUUUCCCCGCUGGUGGCCGAUCAGUACGGGCACGGCGAGUUCUUGGAGCGCAAGGCCUUAGGCAGCAUGAUCGAGCCCACGCUGCCCAGCGUGGAAGAGUGUCAAGUGGCCAUAGAGCGGGCCUUAGGUUGCACAAAGAAAUGCAUGGAGACCGGCCUCAGAAUGCAGAAGGAGGAUGGGGCUGCUGAAGCGGCAGCCGCCGUGGAACGCUCUGUGCUUCAGUUCAAGGCUAAGCCUGCAGAGUCCCGCAGCGGAUAUCACACAGUCCCCAGAUCCAUCCAGCACCGCUCCUUCGUAGUCCUCCUCUUUCUCCAUGGUGGAGUCGGGACCCCGCCUAGGGUAGUUCUUUUCUCGCUUGCUGGCUUCGGCCUGCUGAUUGCCCUCAUCGUGGCCAGCAGCCCGCCCGAGGACAACCCCCAGUCUGCGGACGGCGUGGCAAGUCCGCGGCUGAGAACUCAGGCGGCGAGGGCGCCCUUGUUGUCUUUGCCGAGCUUCUCCGUGAUCCUGCCGCCCGGGGAGGUGCCAGAUGAGUUCCAGUUUCUGGGCCGGGGAGCCUGCAUCAAUCAGAAAGGCGAACCUUUCUGGGGCAGCUCCAUGCAGUACAUCUCGCCGCCCCAAGCAGACGGUUCCAGCUUGGAGUGCACCAAACUCUGCCAGAUGCUUCCGUCCUGCACGGGCUACCAGGCCGAGGGCGCGAGCUGCUUUGUGAUCGCCGACGGCGUCUUCCGGCCGAGCGCUGCCCGGGGGGGUCGCAGCGACACCAGGUGUUUCUGGCGUCAUCCAGUGCUCCGGAAAACGCAGGGUGCCUAUGCUGGCCAGCAGCUGCCGAUCCCGCAGAUCAUCUGGAGCUUCUGGCAAGCUUUGCCCGAUGCUCCCGUAGCGCUCACGGAGUUCGUGGAGGCCUGUCUGGCAUCGUGGAGAGCGCUGAACCCCCACCACCAGAUUCGGCUCCUCAACAGCGACUCGGUGAGCGAGUAUCUCACGGAGCAGGAGCUGCCGAGGACCUUCCGAUUUCUGAGCAUCCAGCACCGCUCCGAUGCAAUUCGUCUAGCGAUUCUCAAGAAGUAUGGCGGCAUUUGGGUUGAUGCGACCACCUUCAUGACAAAUCCGUUGCGAGAGCUGCUGGGCGACAACCCGAAUGUGCGCACCUUCUUCGCGCUGCCAUAUCCCUGGACGGAUCAGUCGCUAAAGGAUAAUGACACUCGAGUGAGCUGGAUCGAUCAUCCUCAGAACUGGUUCCUGGCAGCUCCUUCUGGGGACCUUUUCAUCCAUCGGCUGCAGCAGUGUGUGUGGCAGUUCAUGGACGGG